CGUGCACCUUUAAUGUUUUUUUCUGAUAUCUUUUAUUGGAUGGAGACAAAUCAUCCAAUGAUUGACAUGUUUACUAAUUAUCUCGCCUCUUUAAGUGAUAGUCCUGUAGAAAUCAUUCACAGCAUUAUUCGACGACGUACGGCUAAGUUUUUUACUGCACAACAACUGCAAAAGGAGGCACGUUUUAUUUUUCAACAUCGAGAGGAUAAUUCUUUUCGACAACAUUUCAUAGAUUCAGUAAAAUAUCCAUAUACACCUAAACAAUUGCAUAUGCUUUCCCGAAA